CCGCCUCCCCCCACAACGGAGGCGAACGGGCACUAAACCCGUGCGGUGAUGCGCCAGUGCGCCAAUCACACAGCGCAGCCACUCACCCAAACAGCGCGCCGCUCACGCAUCGAUACAGACCAAGACGAACAGGACGACCACGCUAGCUAGCAGCUGGUGGUGGUGGGUGUGCUCAACAGCGCAGCGGACUGCGGUUGCUUGAUUAGUUCCCACUGGCAUUGCUGCUGUUGGAGUGAAACGCCGCAUCGACAGGAGCCACAAACGCAACACAGCAGCUCGUGGUUCGUAUCAUCCUCCCGUACCCUUUUUGCUGCUGCAUUCUUGCUUCGCUUCGUUGUUGCUCGACGUGACCUCGGCAUGAGCAUGAUGACGAGCGCGGAUGGCGCAUCGCGUGCGCCAGUGGCAGCUGCCGCGGCUGAGAGCGCCCAAGAUGCAUGGGCUGAGGUGAACGAGUGCUUGGCCAGCCACGGCUAUCGCCCCGUGCGGCUCGUGGCGGCGGCCAGCCCUGAAGUGGAGGGCCUCACUGUCCUGCGCGAAGACUCGGCAGCCAGCCUUCGACAAAUGAUCCUGCAGAUCAUCGCCGACAACGACCGGCGCGCCAGCGUCGUGCGGCGCCUCAGCAGCGAAAUCACCCGCGCCAAGCAGGCCAAGCACAGCAGCGCGGAGAAGGUGAGGGCCAUCGGUGCGCAGCUGGAAGCGGUGAACGAAACCCUCGAAGCCGAACGCGAGGCCGUCCAGCGCGAGGCCGACAUGCGCAAGGCAGAGCAGGAGCACGCAGCCAGUACGCAGUACAAGCUGGAGGCACGCAUCACCCAGCUGCAAGGAAAGCUCAAGUUCACGCAGGCGCAGAACGACCGCCUGCAGCACGACGUGGAGCGACUCUCGCAGCAAGUGCGGGACGCACAGGCGGCAGACACAGCACGCCGGCAGCGACUGGACCAGGUGUACAGCGACCUGCAACAGCAGCGCGUGCUGGGCGGCUCCUCUGGCACACCUGCGGACCGGCACGUGCUGCAAGUUGUGGAGAUGUACGAGGCGAAGAUGGAAGCGCUGCUGCAAGAACUGGAGGCGCUGCGCCCGCCAUCAUCGCUCUCGCUCUCCCUUCGUGGCAGCGGCGGUACGCCAUCGCAAUCGCCCACACGAAGCGGCGGCGGCGGCAGCAGCGGAAGCAACGGCGACGGCGAUUCGCAAGCGUCGUCAUCACACGUCGAGCAUCUGGAGAAGGUGCUGGCGGAGGAGCGGGCGCACGUGUCGUCACUGCAGAUGCAGCUCAAGGCCAAGGAGCUCGAGAUGAGCGCCCUGCCCACACAGACGGGGUGGCGGGAAGCGCAGGAGCGGAUCGCAACGCUGGAGGACGACCUCGCCCAUAUGCGUCGACACCUUCAACAGCAGCCCAGUUCCACGGCAGGUGGUGGGCAGCAGCACGGCACGUCAUCUGCACUUGAUGCUCUCGUGCGUGGUGAUCUGUUCCCACCCUCUCAAUCCGCCGACCACCACCAGCAGCACCAGCAGCACCAGCAGCAGUCAACACAUGGCGCAGAGUACUACAAGUUCCACCUGUACAAGCUGCGGUCGAUGGGCAAGGACAAGCUGCGGGGCGUGCUGAGCGACGUGUGCCGGCUGAUGAACGUCAGCCCAGAGGAAAUUGUGCCCACGCUGUCCAAGUGGUCUGCGCUUGUGUUCCAAGCGGGCGCAAUGCACAGCGUGCUGCGGCAGCUCCAGUCCACGGCAGCGGCACUGCUGCACCAGCAGAGGCAGCAGCACGAUGGCCCUGUAGGCCAUGACAAUGGUGACGCGCACCUCGGUGCCGGUGACCGACUGUCAGCUGCACGUGAUGCAGACAUGUUCCUGGUGUUGCGAGGGGGCGGUGGUGGCGAUGCUCUGUCACCCACGAUCGAUCCGCUGUCAUCAACAACAACAACGGCAGCACUGGGUGGGCACACUGGCGAUGCGCCGUCGUCAUCAUCGCCGUCGUCGCCGCCGCCGCUGCCUGUGAGCCAGGCGCUGGACGUUGUGUGUCGAGUGGCGAUGAAGGCGAACGACUACAAGCACAAGCUUGCAUCGACGUCACACGCGCUCAAGCUGAUCGCGGGCGGGGUGUACCCGGUGUUUGGACGGCAGCUGGACGCCAACGACUCCAUUGACGAUUUGGUGGAGCGGGUGAUGGUGCUGUGCGACAACCACACGCAGCUGCAGCGCCGGCUGGACAUGCACGAGGCCGCCGGGAGGUCCGCUGCCUCACCACGCCGCGAUUCAGAACGCGUAUUGCAGCACGCGCAGAUGCUGUUUGGGGUGACGGAGCCGUCGGCACUGAUUCCCGUGUGGAGCCACAUCCGCGGUCGCCUCAACGCCAGUCGCCAGGCGCUCGCCUCCAUCUGCGAUGUGUUGAAUGUGCCCCAACGCUCCAUGAGCCCGGAUCGCGUCGCACACAGCACCGCCACCAUCAUCAGCAACUUGAAACAAGAGGUCAUGUCAAACAAGCGCCGCCUGGAGGAUGUAGCUCUGGCAUUGGACUGCAAGCCCUCGGAGAUUUACCCUUGCGUCCACAGCGUGAUGGCCCGUCUUCGCCAAUACGACGCCGUUCUCCCCAUUCUUCGCAACUGGAUCGACACGGUGCUCAGCCUGUGCGGCGUGAACACGCUGGAACAGGCCAUUCAGUACCUCACCAAGAUCACGGACGCCAACGGACCCGCCACCCCCGAGAAGCCGCCGCGUACCUCUUCCUCUGCCGCAUCCACACCCGAACAGCAGCAGCAGCAGCAGCAAACAGGCGCGGGUGAGAAGGUUGUGUCUCCAUCGCAGUCGCAGCUCAGAAACGAGCCCUCGUCAGCACUCCUGGGGCGGCUGGAUGCAACCGCGCGUGGUGGUGCGCUGGGUGGCGGCGGUGGUGGUGACUCGUCCCCACAAACGUCCCCGCCCGCCGCUCACGGCAGCCCACACGCUCCACCGAUCUCGCGGCGCCGGGCACCGGGCAGCCACUACGCGACAUCGCCGCCGUCGUCUGUGGAGGAACUGCUUGACGAUCUGGCACAGUUUGACCUGGAGGCGAGCUUCGUCUCGUCGUCGCAGCAAGACCGCCCAGAGGACGACAACUUUGUGCUUGAGGCGUGCGAGCACUUUCUGUCAUCGCCAGAUGUCUCGUCGCAGGAGGACUCGCCCCCACGGCACGAUGGCGUGCGCCUCCGUGGCGCUGAUGGUGGCGAGGGCGCCGAUGACGAUGAUGGUACCACGAUGGAUGAGGCCGGUGGUGAAUUUGGGGAGGACGACGACGACGUCAACGCGACGCUGCAGCCGCAGUCACUCUCUGACGACUCCAACGCCCAAAGCGCAGAUGACAUGGCCUCCCUCGACCACCAGCAGCUCUUGACACCGCCACGUGGCACGGCAUCGAGCAUGCGCAGCCGCCGCCGCGGCCAUGGCAACUCACAGCUGAGCGUGUCUUCGUCAGCCACAGGCGCCAGCCCCCUCCACAGAACACCAACGUACUCGUCACCAACACACCGACAUGCACCUUCGGACCGGCGACAUGCUACUCCAACAAGCCAGCGACAGCGCAUGGCGUUGGCCAUGCGCGGUGUGAGCAAUGAAGGCAGUAACAACGGGCGCAAUGAUGGUGGUGGCCCGCAGCCGGCACGCGAACUCCGCUUCCGCCGACACGAUCACCUGCCAGGACGUGCUGGUGAUGAGACGGACGGGUCCUCGUCAACGAUCACGCCGUCACGCAACCGCAGGGACAGAUUCAGCAGCAGCGCCGAGAGCACGGUCGUGGAAGGGCGAGUGGGCACAGAUGCAGACUCACAGCAACACGACAACAGCGGACAGCUGUCGCGCUUGCUGUUGUCGCAACUCGAUGACAGCAACGGCAUGGACGGCAGCGAGGUGGAAGCCCAGGGACCGGGAUCGCCUGCGUCUGGCCGUGGUGGCACGGGCACCCCAUUCGCAACACCAACACGAUCAGCGACAGCGACAACCAGCCCGGCGCUGACGUCCACAACAACCAUGACAACAACAACCACGACAACCGCCACUGCAGGCACAAAGCGGGUGACGUUUUCUGAUGAUCCUGAUGACGUGUUUUGCUACCAGCGGGUGUCGAGUGGCGAUGACUCGCCGCCACGCUCGCCUCGAAUGGUGCAGGUGAGCGCUGGUGGCACACAGUCGGGCCGGCCGCACCUCGAGAGCGUUCCGGAGGGAAGGGAGGAAAGCGCGUCAGAGACAGGCGAGCAGGUGCAGCAUUACACUUCUUCUCUGGGACCGCAGGGUGAGCCACAGCACCGCUCACAUUAUGCAACCUCGCCACUGUCUCCCCGGGCCUGGGCGCAACAGACAAUGCGCCUGCCCUCCAGGGAUGACCAGCGGCAACGGGUCAGCGGAGAUGACGGCACUCAGGGCAUCUUGAUUGGCACCAACAACAGCAACAGCAACAGCAACAGCAACAACAGUGGAAGCAACGAGGACCAGUUGAGCGCGGACUGGGACUCGCCAAGCGGGCGCGAGCUGACGCUGAGCGACUUGCUGCUUGACGAAACGGCUAGCAACAGCAGCGCAGCGACAGCCACAAACAUGCCAACGACAACGGCCGCAAGCCACGCGCGAGCUGGUGAUGCUGACGACUCGACGGACGCCACCUCUGCGCUGGGUGCGACCAUGGGGGUGAGAAGAAGCCCCCACUCAGCAGCAGCACCGCGCCACACGGCAACGGUCCCCACAACAGCAAGGACAUCUGCCAGCGAUGGCGCGAGCCCUACGCCUCGACGAACGGCACGGGAGGCGCUUGCGAUGACGAUGCGGCUGCCUCUUUCGAGCCGAUUUGGCCGGCACUUGGACGAGUCCACGACGAGUGCCGAGGGCGAUGAGGCAGCAAGGUGGCGCGUACCCCCCGUCCGACGACGCCAGACUGCCAGCCACCGUCGCCAGCUCGAAGCGUCACAAAUGUCAGCGACUGCAACGGUGACAGCAAGAGCCGGCCGGGAGGGAUCGCGGGUGGCGCGUACGCCCGAUGCGUCUACGGCUCGCAGUUUGCAGCAACAGCAACAGCAACAACUUCAGGGUGAAGAUGGGGAAGCAUUUGUGAGGCGGCGACGGCGGCGCAAGGCAGACGUGCCCACGUCAUCGAUUGACGGCAGGCGGCUCAACGUGUCGACGUCGGGAGGAUCUGAAGGCACCUCAUCACCCACGCUGCGCGCAGCCACCAUGACUGCGGGGCCCUGCGACGGCGCCAACAGCCAAAUGGGGAGCAGCAGUGCGCGCAGCGCUGUGAGCGGGGGCAGCGGCAGCAGCAGCUAUCACAGCGAGCAAACAUGGGGCCGGCAGCAAGGAAGGCGGGGCGUGAUGGAAGGCGACUCGCUUCGGCGGUCUAUGGAUGGGCGCAGUGUGAAUGCCGGUGGGCAGAGGGCCCGAGCAGAAGCGGAGACGCAUGAGGAAGAAGGGUCUGUCUCGGAGCGCCUGCGAAAGGAAGAAGAGGACCACUGGCGCGAGAUGCGACGGUUGGCUGAAGCGAUUGACGACAAGAACUUUUCGCCUUCGUCACCACCGUCCUCCCGCAACAGCAGCGAUGCCGAGGAUGCUGCGGGCAACGCCGCCCAUGGAGUCACCAACAACGCCAGCGGCAGCAACGCGUAAUCGACGGUGUGAGGGAGUGGGUGUGUAUGCAUGUGGGUGAGCGUGUACUUGCUUGGGAUUCGUUCUUCACCAGAAAUAGGUCGGCGUAGUGUCACGUCUGUCACAUCACUUUGUUCAUGGAUUUUGUGAGCGACGAUGAUAGUGUUGUGCAAACCGGGGUGUACGAGUGUGAUGUAAACAGUUCAGCAAAG